CGCGGGAGGCGCGGCUUGCGCUCUGAGGAGAAGGCGGAGGAGGAGGAUGCCCUGAAGUUAUUUAUAAUGUCGGGCCGGCCGCGGGUGACGUAGCGAGCCAUCCGGGCAGCGGGAGCAGCGGCGGUAGCCUCGUCCCCUCGUUCGCCGCGCCUGCGCCGCCAUGAAGGGAGCCGAGCCGGCGCUGCGGUGGCAGCCGGGCUCGGGCGGCGCGUGGUGAGGGCGGCCGAGGCGGCCGGAGCGCGGUGAGAUCUCCGAAGUCUUGGCACACAGGUUGCAGGAAUAAAAUAGGUGGCUCCAGGUGGAAAUGCCGGGCUCGGUGCCCAUCUCCUUUCAGGCGUUGGGUUGAAACUGAAUACGUAACUUUCUCGCAAGACUCGGGGUCCCCUUGCCCCUGUUCCGGGGGAGGGGCAAGGGGAAACUCUUAGAAGGGGGAGGAGGCAUCCUCCCCAUCCGGAAGGCCAAACUAUAGGCCUUUGGCUUUCUUUCCUCCCGGGGCUCAUUCUGCAACGCCGGACCAUGCCGUGAAUAUUAUAGCAGGCCAUCCCGCUCACCAGCCCUUCCAACCGCACCUCAGGGAAUUUAACCGAGAGGGCAGCGGUGACCAGGGGACUGGCCAUGGCUGGGAGUGGAUAUACGGACCUACGAGAGAAGCUUAAAUCGAUGAUGCCUUACCGGGACGGCUACAAGAGCAGCAGUGGCAAGAGCAGGCGGGAUCCUGCCGAGUCCCCCUACGGAGCUGGGGGGGGAGCCCCUGAACGCAAGCGCAAGCACCACCACGAUUCUGACUCUGAGCCCACCGACUCCGAAGACCCCCCACGGGAGGAGGAAGAGGAAGAGGAGGCCCAGAAGGUCAAAAGCGGCAUCCGGCAGCUUCGCUUGUUCAGCCCCGAGGAAUGCGUCAAGAUCGAAGCACGGAUCGAUGAGGUGGUUUCCCGAGCUGAGAAAGGCCUCUAUAAAGAGCACACGGUGGACAGGGCCCCACUCCGGAACAAGUACUUCUUUGGGGAGGGCUACACCUAUGGGUCUCAGCUGCAAAGGCGAGGCCCCGGCCAGGAGCGACUGUACCCGCGGGGGCAAGUGGAUACCAUUCCUGAGUGGGUUCACGACCUGGUCAUCCACAAGCUGGUGGAACACCGGGUCAUCCCUGAGGGCUUUGUGAACAGUGCAGUGAUCAACGACUACCAGCCAGGGGGCUGCAUCGUCUCCCACGUGGACCCCAUCCACAUCUUUGAGAGGCCGAUUGUGUCAGUGUCUUUCUUCAGUGACUCAGCACUCUGCUUCGGAUGCAAGUUCCAGUUCAAGCCCAUCAGGGUCUCCGAGCCGGUCUUCUUCCUGCCCGUGCGAAGGGGGAGUGUCACUGUACUCAGUGGCUACGCAGCUGACGAAAUCACACACUGCAUUCGACCACAGGAUAUCAAGGAGAGGAGAGCCGUGAUCAUCCUUCGGAAAACCAGAGUAGACGCCCCCCGGCUGGAGACCCGAUCGCUGAGUAGCUCUGUGUUGGUCCCUGGCUACGCUUCGGACCGCCUGUCAGGGAGCAAUCGGGACCCCAUCCUGAAGCCAAAGAGGUCCCAUCGCAAAGCAGACCCUGACGCAGCCCACCGACCUCGAAUUUUAGAGAUGGAUAAAGAGGAGAACCGGCGCUCGGUCCUCUUGCCGAAACACCGGAGGCGGAGUCAUUUCAGCUCUGAGAACUAUUGGCGAAAGUCUUACGAGUACACAGAAGACUUCGAGGAGGAGGAAGAGGAGGACGACGACGAGGGGAGUCCGGCACGGAAAGUGAAAAUGAGGCGGCAUUGAGGAAUUCUUUGAACCCGCAUCCUCCUUCCCCAGUCUUAGAGGUGAUGAGACUGGCCUUCAGGCUGUGAAAUUGAAUCUUUCCCCUUGACUUCUCCUUUAGCUUCAAGGUUAUAUUGCCCCUUCUCUUCCUGUUUUAUCUUGAAAAAAGAGCUGGAACAAAUCUGGCUUCCUUCCUUCCUUCCUUCCUUCCUUCCUUCCUUCCUUCCUUCCUUCCUUCCUUCCUUCCUUCCCUCCCUCCCUCUUUUCCUCCCUCCCACCCUCUCUCCCUCUUUUCCUCCCUCCCUCCCUCCCUCCCUCCCUCCCUCCUCCACGCUGACUAGGAUGUAUGUGGUGCCACCUGCCCGCUUUCUCAGGGCAGGUGGCCAUGCCUCAUAGCAGAGGCAGCUUUUUUUUUUUUUAAGUGGAAAAAUAAAAUGAAGCUCCAUGGUUUCAUCAGAGGCGUUGGGCUGGAGCAGAUUUUGAAGAUGCCAAAAAGCGAUGCGUUUUGAGUACGCUGAGGGCUGGCAGAGUCCCCUCUGCUCCGAAGCUGCUACUGCUGCUGUUGCUUCCUCCGAAGGCCCCCCCCCCCCCCACUUGCAGCCUUUUCACACCGCCAUGGACACGGCGAUGCCUCUCUCUCUGUCUCUCUCUCUCUCCCCCCCCCCUCGCUCCGUCUUGCACCAAAGGGCUCCCAAUGCUGACUCUUGCGAGAAUUUUUCUCCUGCAGUGUUGAAAAAGCUGCUUUCCUCCAGCAACUGGAAGUCCCGGCCAGCUCCUCUUGACAACACCGGAAGGCAAAGCGUAUAGGACAUGUUGCACUUUAGUGUCAGGGUUUAUUCCCCACCCAGCCCCUCCCCCCGUCCCUAUUUUUGUGUGUCCUGUUCGAUGCCAUAACAUCCCCCCCCCCCCCCCGUUCCCUUUCUUGCUUGGGCUAGCAAGCACCCGUGUUUUCCUGCACUGCUGCUGCUAAGAGUUUAGUCUGUUUUCUUUCUGUGAAGGAGGUCCGGCAGUCCCACCUUGGGGCUGCUGCUGCUGGAGGGCUCUUUAAGGGAGGUGGGGUGGGGGGGGCGCUUGGCCAGAAACCCCAGGUUCCGCUCAAGUCUUCACACUAACAGCACAGGGGGCAGGCAACGCGGGGGCUGCGAUUCCAGCAUCGGAAAGAAGGAAUGUUCAUUCAGCCCAGGAGAAUGACCUCUUGAGCUGGGGGGAGGGGAGGUCUCUUUCCUGCCCUCGUGCCCGUGUUCUAGCAAAGAAUUUUUAUGAAUAUUGCUGUUGCUUCCGAUGCCUGAACGUCAGCCUUAGGCUGCUGUCCUCAGUCGUUCGAACAAGAUGGUCAGUUAUUAGAAAGCGUUGAUAUUUCAGAGGUAGAGGGGUUGUCGGUGGAGCUGUUCUUGGCUCUUGGUCCCGUUAGAUCCAGAGUGUCUGACCUUGGCACCCCUGAGACUGGUGGACUUUAACUCCCAGAAUUCCCCAACCAGCCAUGCUGGGAGUUGGAAGUCCACAGGUCUUAAAAGUUGCCAAGGUUGGACAUCCGUGUAUUAAGUUGAGCCUUUUUGUAGUGAACAGGGCUGGAGUUGCCAAGUUGGCACCACAUGGGAAACAGGAAGGUGGUUCUGCCCUGGGCAGGAGGGGAGGUUUGGUGGCAUAAUGGGCCUCCCCUCUCCGCCAAUAAUCCCCAUGUCUCAGCCUGCCAACUCCACCUCCCCUGUCCACCUUCCGUGAUCUUACUGCCUGUUCUACCUGCAUGACAAGGUAAUGUCACCACCAAACCUCAGGCCUCGCUUAGCCUCAGACAGAAAGAGCUUUCGUGGGAAUCAAGCCCUGUUCGACUCCGGAGGUGGAGAGACCAUUUCUCCUCUGGCUGCGAUCUGAAUGAAUGCCUGCUGAUAAAAGUGGUUCUUUUCCGAGACUCCUUGCUUCCUGUCUUCCGGAGCAGAGAGCGACGUUUGCCCCACUGGCGCUUGGUUGCCACCUGCCACAGUGUGGCACCACGGGUGGCUUUAAAGCAGAUUGAUGGUGCGGCCGUUGGCCGGGGAGUUGGAAAAAUGGUUGGUAGAAGGGAUCCCUCUUUCUCGUCUCACAUACCUGCAUAGGUGAGUGAAGCAGAAGACCUAACGCCGUGCUUCUCAACCUCGGCCACUUGAAGAUGUGUGGAUUUCAAUUCCCAGAAUUCUGGCUGGCUGGGGAAUUCUGGGAGCUGAAGUCCACACAUCUUCAAGCGGCCGUGGCAGAGAGCGUUGUCCUAACAUCACUGGCAGGUCCUGAAAUAGCCUGAUCAGCAGCUUAUGGCCGGUGUAGGCUUUGGUAUCUCGGAAUACAUUCAGCUAUUUCUGCUUUGCUAUUUGCAGAGGGUGGCAGUUUGGAGUUUUGACUAAACCAAGAUGGGCGGUUUGGCCUUCUGGUGUUUUGAACCUCCGACUGGGGCAUUAAGAAAAGUGGCCGUUGUGUAUCUUUGUCCAGCAGCCUAGCCUAGCUCAGCCUCCCCCGGCAGGGAAUCCCAGGACCUUGAGCAAAAGCGAAAUCUUCCACACUGGGGAAGGUCAGCCACACCUGUGUCCCGUUUUUAGUUUUUAAUGUUUGGCUUGAGGGUUGUUUCUCACGGCCAGGGCAAGGUCAGCCUUUGCUGAGAAAGCAGAAGGAGCUUGUUAGCUAGCCUGCUGCUUUAUUUUUAUUCGGUUUUAUUUUAUUUCUUUCUGCCUCCCCCUGAAGCCUUUCCUGCUAGGAGGUGGGGGGGGGGAAAUGCGUAGGUGGCUUCUCCAAGCAUCUGGGCGACUCUGAUAGAGCCGUGGCCUUAUCUGGUCCUUGCACCUGUUUCAGUUCUGGUUGCAUCUCUCCGGGAACUCCACCAACACCGCAGUGGCUGACAUCUGCGCCCCCCAAGGCUUGAUAUUCUUGGAACAGCGUGCAGAAAGUUGAACAGGAGGGGGUCUCUACGCAUGCUUUUUCCUUUCCCUAUAGGUCUCCUCCCCCCCCCCCACUUUCCCUUUGUUGGUUGACUUGGUUGUAAGAGGCUAGGGAACACUCCGUUGUGUGAGUUGGAAGACCUUCGAAGGAGAACCGAAAUCCUUGUUUUAGUGCUGUUAGUGUGAGGUUUCAGAGGGGCCUCCCCGGAAAAAGAUUCUGCCUUAGCCUGUCAAUCAUACCCAAACUGUUGCUGAAACCUGGAAUUGGCACCCCUGGGGUCUCUUUUCCAGCAGAUGAUCGCUGGUUUAGCUUUUCCCAGAGGUGCCGAACCUGCGUCAGGAGCUAUAAGACUUUUUAUUUUGCUUUAAAAUGCACCUGGGUUUUCUCUCCUAGCACUACCCGUUUCCUUCCAAGCACACACUUUAAAAUAAAGUUCUGGCUGACUUUUUGUGUUUUUUAAAUAAAUAAAAAAUCUAAUUGUUUUGUUACAAAUAAAAUAAGUGGCAAUAUUUUUUUCGGUAAAUUUUUCAUAGGAAAAAAGUGUGAUUUGUAAACAAAUUGUACAGUUCUGAAGUUUGGGAUACAUAAAAUAACUGUACUGAGUGGCACGCUGUAAAUGGGGUGGGGGGGAGAGAUUAUUUUCCGUACAGUGUAUUUGGGGAGAAAUCUUUUAAUUCGGGUUGAUUUAGGAAGAAAUAUAGUUCCCUGUCAAGGGUUUGAAUUUUUUUUUCUUGUAUAGAAUGCUGCAUUUAACUAAAUAAAAGCUGAAAGCACCACUUGAUUGA